GCCCCCGGCACAUGGGCCGCAGCUCCGGUGGCUCGGAGCUGGCUAUGGCCGUGUCCCCCGGCCGCUGUCCCGACUGCCCGGCGCCGGAGCGGGGCGGCGAUGCGGGGGCGAUCUGCAGCGUCCCCCACCUCGGCAUUGCGGUGGACGAGAGGGAUGUGCUGCCAGGGGCUCUGCGGCUCAUGCGGGAGCUGAGACCCGGCUGGGACCCGGCCAAGGUGAAGACCAAGCUCUUCACCGAUGGCAUCACCAACAAGCUGGUGGCCUGCUACACGGAGGAGGGCCUGGGGGACGCGGUGCUGGUGCGGGUGUACGGCCGCAGGACGGAGCUCUUCGUCGACAGGGAGACCGAGCUGCGCAACUUCCAGGUGCUGCGAGCCCACGGCUGCGCCCCCGACCUCUACUGCGCCUUCCACAACGGCCUCUGCUACCAGUUCCUGCCCGGCGUCGCCCUGGGGCCCCACCACGUGCGGGACCCCCGCAUCUUCAGGCUGGUGGCCCAGCAGAUGGCCAGGGUGCAUGCCAUCCACGCCAACGGGAGCCUCCCCAAGGCCAUCCUCUGGCAGAAGCUGCACAAAUACCUCACCCUCGUGAAGAUGGAUCUCAGCCCAAAGGUAUCCAACCCCAGCCUCCAGCAGGAUGUGCCCAGCCUGGAGGUGCUGGAACACGAACUGGCCUGGAUGAAGGAAGCCCUCUCCCAGCUGGGGUCCCCUGUGGUGCUGUGCCACAACGACCUGCUCUGCAAGAACAUCAUCUACGACCAGACACGAGAGCAAGUUCACUUCAUAGACUACGAGUACACAGGCUACAACUACCAGGCCUUUGACAUUGGGAACCACUUCAACGAGUUUGCAGGUGUGAAGGAGGUGGACUAUGGCCUCUACCCCAGCAAGGAGACCCAGCUGCAGUGGCUGCACUCCUACCUGCAGGCUUUCAAACAGCUGACCCAGGGGGAGAGAGGAGGCAGCGAGGUGUCCAGGGAGGAGCUGGAGGCUCUCUAUGUGCAAGUGAACAAGUUUGCCUUGGCAUCCCAUUUCCUCUGGGCAUGCUGGGGGCUGAUCCAGGACAAAUACUCUACCAUAGACUUUAAUUUCUUAAGAUAUGCAAAGCUAAGGUUUAAACAGUACUUCAAGAUGAAGCCAGUGGUCAUGGCCCUGCAGAGCCCCAAGUAGCCUCUCUGGCCCUGAGCCCCUGAACUGCUUUGUCCUCGCUGCGGCCACAGCUCUCGCAGCCCCCUCGCCCCUUGCCCACCCCAGCCAGGGGCUGAGGGCAGGUCUUGAUGGUGGGAAGGGGAAGGAGAGGAGCUCUGACCCAGCCACCACUUGAAAGAGGCCUUGGACAUGCCUGAAACUGGACCAUGAGAUGCUGAAGAGGACCACGGCCUCGGAGAGGUCCCUGCCUGUGCCAGGAAGCCUUAACGCCCAGCCCCGGCUGGCAGCCCCUGCCCAGCAGCUCCCUGCU